AUGCUUGCUUUGCAGCGUCUUGCCGAGUUUAGGGAGGGUGGUCGAAACAGCAUCUACGAAUACGUCCGCACCCUGCUAUUUCCAGUUCUCGCGGGUAGCAUUAAAGAUGAGUUUGAGACGGCAGAUUUAAGCGACAAGCCCUCUGUACUCUCAGCUGCUCCGCAGCUGAGCCAGCUUCUAACUGCUCUUGUAAGUGUAUCGAGAAGCAGUGGGGAUCGCCCUGUUAUAGAUUACCUAUUCCGCGAUGAGGCGAGGGAUCAAGUUGCUGCUGUUGCUUCGGGGAUUGAUGCGGCUGUCGCCGCAAAGGGUCACAGGCCUUCCUUGGGCUCAACAUUCUACGUCAGCCUGUGGUACAGUUUUAAACGGGGUUUAAAAUUGCUUGAAGAUAUAUUGAAGGGCUCAGGAACAAGCCAACAGGGAGAAGCGUCGGAGAGCAGCAACCCACAAGAAAGGGACGCCGAAAUCGUCCGUGAGGUGCGGGAGUACGCACAAAGACUGCUACAGCAAAACCCCAAAAAGUACUCAAUAAUUGUGACAGCACUGUCGUGGCCACAAAACAAGUUGCCGGAAACCGUUCUGGAGGCUCGAAACUUUGUUGAUACAGCCACAAGUGUAGUUUUGGUUCCUGGAGCCAUCCUUAAUCUGUUUGACCAGCACUGGAACUCUGUUUCGUCGAACGUGUCUCGAAGCAUGCCGGAGAGACACGUUUCUGAGGAAGUCUUGCCCUUUACCAAAAGAAUCAGCUAUACCAAUCCAGAUAUCUACGGCCAGGCCUGCAAAAGGCUUGGGUGGACAUCCCCGCGACUUCCAAACAGCGCCGAAGAAGCAGAGGCAUUUGUUUCGUCUCUGCGUGAAGUAAGAGCUCUCCAAGGGCCUUUGAAGAAAUGGCUAGCUGACAUCGGACAGCCGGUAUCCGACACUGCGACGUGGGGCCAAAUAAAGGCAAUCAUUGACAAGGUGCACGGCGAAUGCAAAUGCGUACGGUCAACUGUGCUCGGCCGUUGCUACAUCGAUGCACUAAAGUCGACAGAAGAUCUCGUCUUCAGAAUGUCACUUCUCCUCCCUGCCCUCAUUGGUGAACACAUCAAUCGGAAUAGCAAAGCUAUGGCGGCCGAAGCUGCAGUUCUCUGCACUUCGGUGGGUGUAUUUAUUACGGCGUGGCAGCAGCAGCAAGUAGAUGCUGGAUUCGAGCAUCCGAACGGCCGCCCUGCCCACGCGAUGCUCAUUGAAAGGCUGAAAAACGCUGCAGACUAUAAUGUAGAGGACACGCCGGCAUCCAACAAGAGAAAAAAGGCGCUAAAAGGACUCUUCUCUGUAAAUGCUGGAGCAAAGGUGGCUUCCGAACCGGCUGGUACAGGCGGCUCAAGAAGGGCAGCGCGCUCUCUUUACGGGGGAAUAGUAAACAGUGUGGGAGUCAGCGCGCACCAUGUGGACCACUUUGUGCGGCAAAUCGUUGACCUAGGCGUCAGUCUGCCUCGCCGCAUUCGCCCCCCUCACCCUCUAACAGGGCUAUUUGCUGCACUUCGAGUCAGUCAACGUUUCAAAGAGUGCUUUGGUGCUUCGCGGGAAAUGAUCUUCCGUUCUUGGUACCUGAUGCAUCUGGAAGGAGACAAUAUUUUACGCCGAGUUAAUAGGCAUAAGCUAGGCGAGGAACUUGCAUCUGCCACUUACAAUUUUGCUACAGGUCCAGGCGCGGAUCUUUUCGAUGAAGCUUUCAAAACUUUGAUGGCUACUGUUACUACCCAGUGGGAAGACGCCAACGCAUUUAAAAGUUUGAUAGGAUAUUCCCCAGGUAGUGGGGCCCUUAGGCUACCAGAAGUUGCACCUGAAGACUUCGAAACUCCUGCAGACAACCAAGAAACAACGGUACUGGAGUACUCGCCGAAGCUCCUCGACCAGGCAGGGGCAUUCUCUACUGGUUAA